GGCUCAAAUGGUAUGGUGAAAUGCUACUAUUUAAGUCAAAAAGGUUCAAAUAAAGAGGGUUAAAAGAAAUGCUUUGCAAAUUGAUUUAUCCUUUAAUAACAAGCAUAAUGCUUAUAUUCAAAAGAAUUUGCUAAUUCACCUUCGAGUUUUGAGCUUCCAACUCCACAACCAUGGCGGGAGCUUGCAUCACUCCUCCAUGUCUCCUUCAGCCUUCUAUACCUUCCACUCUCCUUUCGAGGAAACCUCUUCUUUUAGCUUCUGCCUUAACGACACCGCGCCCAAGAAAAUUUGCAAAGAGGAAAAACUAUCUCCGCCCCAAAAUACUCAAAACCACUACUAAACCCUACAUAAAACCCCAAAAUGAAACAAUAACUCCCCUUGAAACCCCAAUCCAACACACCCAUAUUUCGCCUUCCGACGAAGACACUAAAGCGACGGAAAAUCAAGCACUCCGGUUGUCUGAAGUUUUAGAACCCGAAUCUAUUGUUAAUGACACUGAAGGUAACUUUUAUGAAACCCCAAUUCAACAAUCCCACAUUUUGGACUCUGACUUAGCCGAUGGUGACGAGCUGAAAACGUCUGAAAAACAAGAAUUCCGGAUGUCGGAACUUUCAGAUCCGUCUGAAGCUGGUAAUGCCGUUGCAGGUACCUUUGGUAAAGGCUGGUUGCUGAAAUUUGGAUUAUGGAUAGUUGGAGCCUUUGUAUUUCAAACAGUUUGUGCUGUUUGGGUAUUUGGUUCAGCUGAUUAUAGUGGAAAAAAUAAAAGUUUGGAUGGUAAUGGUUAUAAAAAUGAGGUCUUGGAGUUGGAUUUGAAAGGUACAAAUAAGCACAAAUUGAGAAUGUUUGUGAAUGGGGAUGGAAACCAGAGUAUUGAAAAUGGGGGAACUGUUUUUGUAGACAAGGCUGAAAUGGAGAAGAAGAUUGAGGAAAUUCAACAUAUGGCAAGGGAGGCCAGAGAGAAGGAAAGGUUGGAGUUGAAGGGCAAUGACGUUGAUGAGGAGAAGGAGGAAGAAAUUGAGGAUAGUGAUGUUAAAAUGGGGAUAAAAAAGGAAGUUGAUGAACGGUUAAUCAAGCUGAGGAAGAGAUUGGGAAAGGUUGGCAACAAACAGCCUACAAAUUCUGUUACUUUCCCAACUGUUGAUGUUAAUAAAAAUGUCAGGGAUGAUGGUGGUAUUUUGGAUGAGAAAGAGCUUACUGCUUCUUUAACAUUUAAAAGAAAGCAGAAAUUUAGAGAGUUCACCAGUAAACCAAGUAAUAAACCGAAGGGUUUUAUGGCCCUUGACCAUCAAAGUGUUGGUACAAAUGGAGAUAAAACUUUAAAAGACAACACCGAAGUGAAGAAGAAUGGAAAUAGAGAAGGUGGAGUCGAUGUGUCGGGCGAUGAUGAGGUAGACCUGCUCACCCUUGAUUCUCACAGAGGUGCUUCCAUGAAAUUUGGUGAAAACAUAGAGAGUAAAGGAAACACUGAAGAUGCAGAAUCGGUAUCACCUUUAUGUGUGAAGAAAUCUUCUGAAAACAAUGGGAGGGGAAGAAAGGAAAGGAGUGUUAAAGUCGAAGGUGGAAAGGCUGAUGUUACCAAAGCUGUCAAGAAGAACUCAUUGGAGAAGAGCAGAAGGGAGAAAAAAGGAAUUGCAUCAGGCUUGGAGGAAUCUAAGUCGGGAAUUGAUAUUUCGGUAGAUAGAAAUAAUGGGAGCAGUUUGUUUGAACCUGUAGACUCAAAAGAAUUAAGCAAUCAGGAGACUGCAACAAUUUCAAAUACUUUGGUUGAAGUUAUGGAAUCGGGAGAAUCAAGCCAUAUAAAGAGUACAACAAUGAUGAACAGACGCAAGAACUCAAAUAGAAACGGAACUUCAAAUAUGAAGGAAGUUAAGGACCAAAAAGUAGUGAAUCCGAAGGAGGGUAUGAAAUCAGGAAAUGAUACUGACUUUUGGUGGUUCAGUCUUCCUUAUGUUCUUGCUAUACGCAUGCGGAGAGGUCAUGAUGAUGAAGGACCAGAAGGAUUAUUUACCUUAAAAAGUAGCUCUCAAGUGAAUGGUAGCUUAUCUCAUACAGUCGCCUUUGAAGAUCGUGGUGAUGCCACCAAUUUUUGUUAUCUCUUACAGUCCUUCUUUGAAGACUUGGGAGACUUCAGUGCUGAAAUUGUUCCUUUACCAGUUAAAGAACUCAGUGAGGCAGCUAGAUCACAUACUAUGAAGGUAAUUGUGGUGAAGAAAGGGAAACUGAAGCUUUAUGCUGGACAACCAUUAGCUGAUGCUGAGAUGGCUUUGCGCUCAUUGGUUGAACAGGAAUGAAGGGUAGAAAAAUAGACCUUUUUCGCGGAAGAAAUUCUGGGGAUACCUUCUAUGGUAAUGAGAAAUUGAACCCGGCUGAAACCUUGGUUGCACCAGAUACUAGAAUGAGGGAUCAACAUAUUCUAAAGAGCAUUUUUGUCUAUAGGUUUUGCUGCACUUGCAAGAUCUGAUAGGAUUUUCUUUUCUUUUUACAAGCCCCCCCACCCCCUUUUUUUUGGUCUAUUUAUGAGGCUUCAAGAAUUCAUGCAAAAUGUGCAUCAAUAUACCACACAUUGUGUAUGUACAUUUUGUUGAGGUUAUACCAUUUUAUUUUAUUUUUUUGCA